AUGUUCAAUAACAACACAAUAUUGGCAUACGGCUUGCCAGCGGAUGCCACUGACGAAUAUGUGAAAAUUGGAGAGUCAACUGCAAUUGAAAGCAUGAAGAGAUUUUGUCGAGCUAUCAUAGAGGUUUUUGGCCAGCAGUAUCUGAGAUCACCAACAGCUAACAAUGUUGCAAGGCUUCUUCACAUCGGUGAGCAACGUCGUUUUCCAGGAAUGCUAGGUAGUCCAGAUUGCAUGCAUUGGAGAUGGAAAAAUUGUCCAAUAGCAUGGGUUGGACAAUAUGCAGGUCGUAGCCCAACAAUAAGUCUUGAAGUUGUAGCUGAUUAUGACCUUUGGAUAUGGCAUGCAUAUUUUGGUAUGCCCGGCACCAAUAAUGACAUUAAUGUUUUAGAAUCGUCACAUCUGUUUUCCAAUCUUGCUAAAGGUAUUGCUCCUCCCGCCCAUUAUGUUAUUCAAGGAAACGAAUAUGAUGUGGGUUAUUGUUUAGCUGACAGUAUAUAUCCAAAAUGGUCUACAAUUGUGCAAACCAUUCAUGAGCCACAAUCUCAAAAGAAGAAAUAUUUCGCGACGAAACAAGAAUCAUGUCCAAAAGAUGUUGAACGUGCAUUCGGAGUUUUGCAAUCUCGUUUUGCAAUUAUUGCAGGGCCGUCACGUUUUUGA